AUGGACAGGAACAGUAGCCAGAGCAGAGCAGAGAGUGUAGUUAGGGACACCAGCCUGGAAGGCCGUGAGGGUCUGGCUGCCGUCGCCAGCUCUCAGGCUGAGCUCCAGUUGCUGUCGGCCCUGGGCCGGGGCAGCUUCGGCAUGGUGGUGCUGGCCCGCCAGGCUUCCAGCCAGCGGCAGGUGGCUGUGAAGCUCUUCCAUUUACACGCCGGCGACCCCUUCGGCACCAGGCGAGUGACGCAAGAGGCCAGCAUCAUGCAGCUCCUGAGGCACCCAAAUAUCGUGGAGCUGCUGGAGAUGGGUCGCAUCGGCCAUUACCACUGCCUGGUGAUGGAGCUGGUGGACGGGGGCGACCUGUACCAGCACGUGAUGAGCCGGGGCGGCCUGCCAGAACCCGAGGUCGUGGUCAUGUUUGACCAAAUCCUGGCGGCCGUGGGCCACUGCCACGCGCAGCGGGUGGCGCACAGGGACCUCAAGCUGGGGAACCUACUGCUGGACUCUCAGAACAACAUCAAGCUGGCUGACUUUGGGCUCAGCAGCCAUCUGCCCGAGGGCGAGCUGGUGCAGGGCUUCCGCGGGACCCCGGAGUACAGUGCCCCGGAGGUGUUCCAGCCGGAGCCCUAUGACCCCUUUGCCUCGGAUAUAUGGAGCCUGGGGGUCAUCCUCUUUGCUAUGCUGGCGGGGGACAUGCCCUUCAGCGGGAAGGACUUGGCGGAGCUACGGGACAGCAUCCAGAGGGGGAGCUAUGAGCUCCCGUGUGCGGCCAGCUCGGCCCUGGAGGAGCUCCUGAGCUCACUCCUCAGUCCAGACCCCUGCGACAGGCCUACAGCGGAAUUCGCCUGCCAGCAUUGGUGGUUUGACCCCUUACGGGAAGGAGCCGAAGGCGAGGAGGUGAUGGUGGUGCAGGCCCUGGGGGUUCCCGAGGACCCAGAGGCCCAAGAGUACCUGGCGGGCCUGGGUCUGCUUCCGGACGCUGGAGCCUCGGUGCCAUCUGGUCCUGGAGGAUCCAGCCGGAGGUCCCUGCAGCCGGACUCUCGGAGCCUGGAGCAGGUACAACCCUGUUGA